GGUUUCAAGUUGCACCAUGUGAACGUAACGGAACACAAGAUACCUGCGAAAUGUGUGAUGCUUCUCAGAACCAGUCUUUGAGGACCUCUUCAUUCACAAUGGAGCGCUGCCGUGACUGGCCACUGGACAAGAACUGUAAAAAUGUCAACAAUCCAGACGGACCCAGAGACUUCACAGAUGAACAAACAAAGCGCUGCAUGUGCAACAUUGAACUGGGCAAGCAGUUUGAUUACCCUGAGUCAGUUGUCGGCGUAGCCCAUAUGGAAUCCUACUGUCAGCGGAGAAACGAUCUGUGCGAACCUGGAUUCGAACCUAAAGUUGAUGGCGGCUGUGCACCUUGUAAAAAUAAUAAUUUCAAGAGCACCAGGAGUUUCAACUUAUGUGAGCCAAAAACAAAUUGCACUCUUCUGGGACUGGAGUACACUUUCAUCUCUAACGCUACAGCAGACAACAUCUGCAGUGAACCAGAGCCCAUUGCAACAACUAAGUCUUCCCACCCAG